UUAACGUUUAAACCGAAGUUAUAUAAAUAUGUUGUUAUAAUGUAUGUUACAGGUUUAGUGUAACAAGUAUAUAUAGAUAUUUGGUGAUCGAAAGACAAAGGAAAGAUUUAUCAUGAAUGUAGAUCAUGAAGUAAAACUGCUGGUGGAAGAAAUUAAAAGGCUUGGCAAACAAAAUGCUGACGGUCAAUUUGUUGUCACAUUUGGCGUUCUGUUCUCGGACGACAGAUGCGCCAAUAUAUUUGAAGCGCUCGUUGGGACAUUGAGGGCGGCUAAACGUAAGAAGAUAGUGACGUACACUGGCGAACUUUUACUACAAGGCGUACAUGAUAAUGUGGAAGUUAUUUUGCUCAAAGAUGAAUAAUUGAUCAAGGGCUAUAUAUGGAGAUUUAAAGCUAGACCCACACAUUAGUGAGGCUGCAAUAAGGAUUAUUAUUUUCCCGUUAGUUUUCUGCAAACUGCGAUCGUUUUUUUUCAAUUAAUUUACGUAAAUUUUUUUUGAAAUAUUUUUUUAACUUUGUAACUCUGGAAAUGUUACAAAUCAUCUUCCAACUAGAGCAGUAUUAUGUGAAUAUAAUCUGUACUCAAUAUAACCAUUAUUGACAAUUGUACUGCAUUCCACGUUUGCUUUUUGAAACAUUAAACUUGUUUGUAUUUCUCCGAAAU